AUGGAUCCACCUCCCGAGUCACUGCGUUCUGUGUGGUGUGCGAUUCUCUUCCGAGCGCUAAAGGCACUCGAGCAGGCCAACUCGAACAGGAGUUCUUUUACUGCGAGGGAAAUCAUCGACUACGUCGACGCACACUGGGAUCAAGUUGCACAGGGUGCAGAGUUCCGUCGCAAGUUCAGUGUGGAACUCACAAGAAGACUUCAACCAGACAGUGCUCUCGUCGAGUUGGACAGGAACCCAAGUGCGCUUGACGCUGAGCAGACGCACGAGGCAUAUUGGAAGCUUCGGCUGGGUGUGGACUCCUAUGACUGGAGCCUGAUAACCGAGGAACAUGCAAGCCGCCUCGCCGAUGAUCUGGACCUAGAGCCUGCGCCCAAGCGGGCUCGCUCUACGUCCGCGGAAACGAAGAGCACCGCUUCACUGCUGUUAGCGCCAGCACCUGGAACAACUGCAUCGGGGUCGCCAGAAACCCCAACUGAACCACAACGCGUCGCGACUUUGGCAGACAUCGAAUCAUCCACUGGUCGCACUUCUGCUGUGUCGAAUCGAGCAGAAGAGAGGUCUGCGUCUGGUCCGGCGGGCGUGCCGCGCACCGAAGGAAACACCAGAACACGACACGGGGGGCAUUCGGCCCGCUCCGCUGCAACCGAUGGUGGACAACGUACCAUUCGACGAGGUGGACUUGUCGCCCAGUUCAGUGAAUCUGUGCUGGCUCGUUUAAAAGCCGGUGUGCCCGUAGAGGAAAUCGAUCCCUUAGAGCUCAUCGAUGAUGCCGCAAUUCUGGAAUGGAGGAAACCGCCGCGUGGGGUGCCCUACACCCUAAGCGAGCACCAGCGAGAUCCAAAGCUUCAGUUAUCGUCGGACCUCUUAACGGUGACUGGAGAGCGCGGCUUCCGCAGUAUACGCGGUAUUCAUGGCGUUGCGACUGGUGACUGGUUCUUUGAGAUCCAGGUGCUGGCAGGGGAACCGCCACCGCUGCCCUGCCACGAGAGCGUCGUCGAUCGCGAUGGAGUCCAGCCUCAUAUAAGAGUCGGGUUCGGCUCCUGCCGGGCUGAGGUAUCCUUCCCGGUCGGUUGGGAAGUUCACGGCUAUGCGUAUCGGGAUAAGACUGGCGACAAGGUUCACGACUGCAUCCCGGAGGCAUACGGUUCCUGUUGGGGCCAGCUCGGUGACGUGAUCGGUUGUCGAAUCUGCCUGCCACCGAGUCUUGACGCUCGCGAAGAGGCUCUUAUUCGACGACUCGAUGAUGCCUGGUUUGAUUUCAAAGGCAUGAACAUGGGUCUCGGGAGCAAACCGAAAAUGCCACCGCCAACAGAGCUCCUCUAUACCACGGACAGAGAGUCAAGCCAUGUCGCCACUGGUACCUAUAUUGAAUUUUUCAAGAACGGUGUCUCGCAGGGUAUCGCAUUCCGGAACCUAAUACCUGCUGUAUACUAUCCGAUGAUUUCUCUGUACAUGGGAGCCAGAUGUCGAGCCAACUUUGGAGCGGAACCUUUCCGCACGAGCAUUCCCCCAGGCUGUCGAGGUUUUUGCGAGUCAACGCCGCCACCGUGGACGUUGACCCCGGAAGCAAACGCGGACUCUGCGACAUUUAGGUCUGACGACGGUCACACUGGUCCGUAUGUCCCGGGAAUCAGCACAAUAGAGACACUAGAAGCGUAG